CUUCCAUUCAAUUGCGACCGUUCAAGUUAUUAAACUUGGUUUCCUCCGUCGCCACGGCGUUCGUCUUCUCUCUCUUCUUCCCCCAUUUUGGCCAGGGAUCGAGACCCGCUGAACCCUAAGGAUCAUCGGCGCCGGAUCUCUCCUCCCAUGGCUUCCUUGUUUCGAGCUUCGCUUGACUUCGCGGCCUUUGAUCCUUCCUCUAUUGAGGCUUCCUCUCGGUUCUCCGGGAAACCUUCGGGAGCCAUAAAGAUCGGCAGUUCGCCCCUUAAUUUGGGUAGAUUAAGCAAUGCACGCCUGAGAAUUCUGGGUUGCGUCGAGUACAUAUUAGUAAGAUCAUCUGAAAUUAAUACAGACAGGGAAAAACAUACUUCCACAAGAAAAGCUUCUAAAGAGCCUUUCAGGUUGACUAGAGAAUUUACAGAAAGUGAAAGAUGGAAAUUAGGAAACGAUGAGCAAGAUUUAGAUCCGUUUGAGGAGUUGAAAAGUAGAUUCAAGAGUUUCAAAAGCCAAAAUUAUGAGGAGAAUCUGGUUCAUUACCAAAAUCUUGCCGAGCAGCAGUCACCCAAGUUCAUGGUAAUUGCAUGUGCAGACUCGAGGGUCUGCCCUUCGAACAUUUUGGGUUUUCAACCUGGGGAAGCGUUUACAGUAAGGAAUAUAGCAAAUUUAGUUCCACCAUUUCAGCAUGGGGCUUCAGAAACUAGUGCAGCACUUGAGUUUGCUGUAAACACUCUAGAGGUUGCAAACAUAUUAGUUGUUGGCCAUAGUCGUUGUGGAGGAAUUCAGGCUCUUAUGAGUAUGAAAAAUGAUCCUGGUUCUAGAAGCUUUAUCAAAGAUUGGGUUUCCAUUGGAAAGAGUGCAAGGCUAAGCACAGAGGCUGCUGCUGGCAACCUGAGCUUUGAAAUGCAGUGUAGACAUUGUGAGAAGGAAUCAAUCAAUGGCUCACUGCUGAACUUGCUAACAUACCCAUGGAUUGAGAAAAGAGUCAGCGAAGCGACAUUAUCUCUUCAUGGAGGCUACUAUGACUUCAUCAACUGCACCUUUGAGAAAUGGACUCUUGUAUACAGAGAAAGAUUGGAGGGAGGCAGCAAGUAUGCCAUUAAAAAUCGCUCCUCGUGGUCCUGAAAAAUAUUUUACGAGCCAGAAUGAAGCUUAUGCAUAUGAUCUGCUCCUCCAUGUUGUACCUCAAGAUAAUUCUUCUACCUUCUUUGGGUGCCUUCUUCUUUAACCCAUUUCAGCAGCAAGAAAAUGUUUGGGCCGGUACCAAUAGAUCAAUUAUGAUAUGUUUAUGUGGGAUAGACAAACAUUUGUUUCUUUGGAUAUGUGGGGUGACUAAGCUAUAAGUUGAAGAUCCAUGCUUGAUAUUCAACUGUAUUGUCUCUUUUUCUCAUGUGUUUUCCUGUAUUAUAUGAUGAUAAUAUUUGUAAUUAAAACUUUUGAGUCAGAUUAUGUUAUCUGAAAUAUGCUAAAAGAAUUGUACUUUGAUUAGUA